UUAGCCCGCGUAAACCCUUCGCGAUAAUAUUUUAUAGCAGCAUAUGUAUAUAGAACCGAUCAUCUGUACAUUCCAAUUAAUCGCAACGGUUCAAUUCUUCCCGCCACAUCAAAUUUCCUGUUAAUUUCUUCGGGAUUUUGCUGUUCGAGUUAUAUGGUGCAAGCCCGUUAGUUAGUUGCAUGGGCGUUUGUAGCGCAUACAUAUGUGUUGAUCCUUGAGAGUUGUUCCUUAUCCACAGUGUUUCUUGUACAUGAAAGAUAUUGGCUUAAUGGACUUGAUAAGUACCUGAUUCGAUUGCUGUUAACUGCGGACUAACGGACUACUUCCGGUUGCUGCCUUGCCGCGCUUCCUACUAAACUAGUUGAACGGCAUGCGCUUGGCGUUGUGGGUGGAUCGCUGCCUGAUCGCGGGCAGGUGCCGGCGGGCGCUGUGGCUGGCGGCGGGAGUGAUAGUGCUGCUGCUGCCCUGGACCGACGCGGCCAGCAACCAGUGCACGUACUACGGCCUGGACCGCUACUCGGAGCCGGAGCCCAACCUGGCCAACUGCUCGUGGUUCGCCGGCAACGCCUGCUGCAAGCGCACCGAGGUGACCAGCGUCUUCGCCGACAUGUUCCAGCUGUUCGGCGCCACGCAGGACUGCCUGAACCGCAUCAGCUACCUCAUGUGCUACUUCUGCAGUCCCGACCAGUACAUCUGGUUCCGCGAGAACAAGAAGGCGAGCAUCUGCCGGUCCUUCUGCGAGUCCAUCUACGAGUCGUGCGCCGACGCCAGCUUCACGCCCGAGGGCGAGACGCAGACGCGCCUGCUGAAGGAUUUGUUCGUGAAGAACCGCGAGAAGCAGAGCGAGAACACGGACGACGGCGGCUUCUGCCGCGACAACUUCUUCGACGUCGUCGAGGGCGACAAGGACUGCUACCGCUUCGACUCCACGCCCUUCAGCCACGCCCCCGCCCGGCUAACCACCCCCGCCACCCUCCUAGCUACAGCCGUCGGCCUCCUCCUUCUCUUCCGCUCAUGACCAUCGUAUUCGCGUUUCAUUCGACCAAGGCAACAACCAUUAAUUGCAUCUUGCAUUCAGUUUGAGUUAACAAAGUGUGUGAUAAAAACAAAUCUGUCAUGUACCGGGUGAAGUGAACGUGAAGUA